AUGCUUAGAAGUGAUGAUGGCGGUGAUGAUGAUGAGGAUGAUGAUGAUGACGAUGAUGAUGCAUCCAGUGACAGCAGAGAGGAGGACAGCCAGUGCAGGAUCUCCAUCAACGGGCAGGUGCAUAACGUCGGUACGGUGAUGAGGGUCAGCAACCACUACAUGGUGGGCAUUGUUCUGGGGAUCCUGGCGGCUCUGGUGGCCGGGGCGGUGCUUGCCUUCGUUGUCAUGAAGCACUUGAGGAAGAAGAAGAAAGCCUCCAUGGUAGAGAGCCGUUUGAACCACAGCGCUAACCGCUCUGGGAGUAAUAACUUGGAGAUGUCGCCCAUCGGGGACUACAGGAGAGUAGCGUCCCUGAGCCCUCCGACCCCUCUGUUGGGUCAGGGGGGGUUCCUGAGCUACGCUGCAUCGGGCCUCGAUCCCUUCCUCACCCCCCUCAUGCCCUCAGAGAAGAUCUCCAUCUCCAGUUUCCGGCCCGAGCUGCUGGAGGAGGUGAAGGAUGUUCUUAUUCCCGCUGAGAUGCUCGUUGUGCAACACCACCGGAUCAUAGGGAAGGGUCAUUUUGGGACGGUCUAUCACGGCUACUUCACGGACCAAAACAACAGAGAAAUCCACUGUGCUGUCAAGUCCCUGAAUAGUGAGUAACUUCUAUAUAGCGACGAUAUUUC